GGCAUCAAACUCCCUUCAUCGGGGUUCGUUGACAAAAAGCACUUAUUGUUGUCUGUGGAAAUUGCAGACAUAGAGGUAUUGAAAUGGUGAAGAAGCUUUAGCUCCUGAGCUAACUAGUAUUUAAAGCUUUGACCUUUGCCGAAUUAGAAUCAGUUUCCUAAAACAAGAAGAAGAAGAAGACUUGGAGGAGGAGGAGGAGAUAUGGCGGAUGCUUCAAAAGACGAGCUUCUCCAACUCAUCAAGCGCUUCGGCACUUAUCUCACUGUCAAGAUGUCCUCUUUAUUCUCGAUCUCCUCCCAAAACUUGAAUACACGUUCUAUUGGGGCAAUUGCUGGCUUUGCGGUUGCGAUAGUUUUUACCUGGAGGCUUUUUAGAACUCCUGCUGGACCCCAAAGAAGGCAGCCAAAGCGCCAGGCACCGGCUUCCAGUAGUUCUGGGGUCAAUUCGCCUUCUAAUUCUACGUUGACGGCUACGGGAGUUUCGUUGUCAGAAGAUACAAGAGCACAGAAUGUUGUCGAUGAGUUCUUUCAGCCGGUAAAGCCAACCUUGGGGCAGAUAGUUAGACAGAAACUGAGUGAAGGAAGAAAGGUGACUUGUCGUUUACUUGGAGUGAUCCUGGAGGAAAGUACCCCAGAGGAACUUCAGAAACAAGUGACGGUGAAGUACUCAGUGCUAGAAGUACUCUUGGAGAUCACAAAAUAUUGCGAUCUGUAUCUAAUGGAAAAAGUUUUGGAUGAUGAAACUGAAAACAAGGUUCUGUCGGCUUUGGAAGAUGCUGGGGUUUUCACAUCAGGGGGUUUGGUCAAAGACAAGGUUCUGUUCUGCAGCACAGAGAAUGGACGCACAUCCUUUGUCCGGCAGUUGGAACCAGAUUGGCAUAUCGACACAAACCCUGAGAUCAUCUUUCAAUUAUCUAGGUUUAUCAAGUAUCAGCUUCACAUCUCUCCUACUAGAUCUGAACGGGCUGCUUCCAAUGUGUUUAACUCCCCAUCCUUGGAACAGUUCUUUGGAUGCGUUUGAUGCUUAAAGAGACAAUGAUACAAAACAUAAAUCUUUAGGUUUCUAUUAGGGUUCUUCUUUCCCCCUAUUUUGGGUUUAUGUAUUUCAUACUUUAAGCUGCAGCUCAUUAAAGCUCAGUGCUCUCUUUUUUUCUCGUUGUACUGCUGUUCGGUUAUUGGUAGUCACUAGUUAGACGGUAGACCUGCUCUGUAUAACAACACUGUUUCAAGGUAUGAUCUUCAUUUGAGAUUUGUGUAAUAGAUUGGAUGAAAUCCAAGUUCCAACCGGAAAUUUUAUAUAAGGGUUGAUCGUUGAU